AUGUCCAGUUUCAGCAUCAUCGCCGCCACACCCCAGCAGCAACGCCUGCAGCGACUAGAGGAACCUCUGCUUGCAAAAUCUACGCAUGUCCAACCACAUUCAGCUCCAUGUCGCCGAGCCAUCCAGCCGCCUGGAGCAGAGUACAUGUCCCUUCCAAGACUCUGUCACCGUCACCCCGCGGAUCUCUUACAAUACCCCAUCGACCACAAGCUGGCCAUCCUGAAAUAUAUCAGAUCUUUCGACAGCAGCAAGACCGAUACUACAGUCCCUCAGAUUGUAUUCUCAAAGAGCGUGGAGACAUACGAGGAAGAGGCUGGGUGGAACGCGGGAGAGAACGAUACCGUGGAGGAGACCGAUGACAAUAUCGUCGUCGAACCCGAAUAUUAUAUCACGAAAGGCGACGGGGAUAACUAA